AUGCUAAUAUAAUAAAGCACACAACCUUUAUUAAGUAUUUAGGUGAAAAUGUAAAAGUUCAUAAUUUAUAUAGAGAAUAUAUCUAGUUCAAUUAAAGGAAUUUACAUAAGUUCAAAAUUUAAAAUUAUCGAAAAAUAAGAAGAUAUUAAUUUGAAAUUGAUACAAUUGUUAAUAUUUUUUUGGAAGUACAAAAAAACUAAAAUGAAAAGAAAUUGUAGAUGAAAUCAAUAUGGCAUUAAUUUAAGAAAUAAAAAAUUAUUCUAAUUACAAAAAGGAUUAAGUUAGGAGUUUAAUUGAAGCGAAGGUAUCUAUCUUUAUCAUAAAAAGGCGAUUUAUUAGUUUGAGGCAAUAAAAAUAGGAAACAGCUGAAAGUUUAAUAGCUUUAUGGGAUGUAAAAAUAUUUAAGUUAAUUGGUUAAAUGGGAUUUUAAACUCUGAUAUCUGUCAAUAAAUUGCCCUGA